UUCAACACUUCGUUUGGAAACAUAAAUUAAUUGAGUAAAUUCAUCAAAUCGUAGCAAAAUGAGUGACAAAGUGGCAGUAUUGAUGGGUGGUACGUCUGCUGAACGGGAAACAUCUCUAUUGUCGGGUAAUUCGGUUGUGACUGGGUUGCGUGAGGCUGGUAUUGAUGCCCAUGCUAUAGAUACGCGUGAUUUUCCUAUUCAAAGCCUAAAAGAACAAGGGUUCAAGAAGGCUUUUAUCGCGCUGCAUGGACGUGGUGGUGAAGACGGUACGUUGCAAGCAGUGUUAGAAUCUUUAAACAUACCUUAUACUGGUAGUGGUGUAAUGGCAUCGGCCAUUGCCAUGAGCAAAUUGCGUACGAAAUUAUUGUGGCGUGGAUAUAAUUUACCAGUUGCUCGUUUUGUCUGGCUUACACGUCAACAGAAAGAGGCAGGCCUGGAUGAUUCAACGUUGAAAAAAAUCGAAGCGUUGGGACUACCGAUUUUUAUAAAGCCAAGUAAUGAAGGUUCCAGCAUAGGUGUUAGUCGUGUGGAUUGCCUAGACGCUUUAUCUGCCGCAUUGGAAGAAGCAUUUAAGUAUGACAACGAUGUAUUGAUAGAAGCAUUUUUAAGCGGAGCAGAGUAUACUGUUGGCAUUUUGGGCGAUCAGGUUUUGCCAUCAGUUCGUAUUCAAAGUGAAAAUGGAUUCUUUGACUAUAAUGCGAAAUAUAUUUCAGAUAAAACACAAUUUUUUUGCCCGAGUGGAUUGAGCGAAAAACGCGAAGCAGAAAUAAGGGCAUUAGUUUCAUCGGCAUGGCGUGUUCUUGGAUGUAACGGAUGGGGAAGGAUUGAUGUUAUGGCCGACGGUGAAGGCAACUUCCAUUUAUUGGAAGCCAAUACGUCACCAGGCAUGACCAGCCACAGUAUAUUUCCGAUGGCCGCUAAAGAAGCUGGACUGUCAUUUUCGGAGACUGUGAACCGUAUUCUUGAAUUGGCUGUUUGAUUUAAAAUUUUGAAUAUUUGAUUAUUUUAACGUGUGCUUCUGCCAUAAAUAAAUUGAAGUACCAACGAAUUUUACUACAACAACUACAAACUUUUAUGACGAAAACUAAUAAACGAAAAAUUUGAACAAAGUGAAGUCUACCGCUAUCUAUACUGUUUAGACAUCUAACGCUGUUUUUAUGGUCAAAUGUAUAUUUUUUUGGUUCGUUUUUCUAAUAAAAGUCAAAGAUAUUUUUAC